AUGGCUUCUGCAUCGGACCUCCUGGAUUAUCUGGAGUCAGGCCAGGCGAAACCGGUCGAUUUAGAUACCCCUCUCAUGGCGUACAGCAAGAUGUACAUCAUGUCCUUCAUGCCAGCCGCCAAAUCCUACCUGUUAUCUUCAAAUCGCACGCCGCGGUGUCCCGAUCUCAUUCUCAUUUACAACAACUGCAACACCAGUCGCAUCAGCCGAAGAUCUACAUUUUGGGUGUUGGACGGGGCAUUGAGAGAGGACGUCGAUGACAUGCUAGAACUCGCACUCCGCUACUCGUCUGGUAUCUCGGGCUUGAAGCGCGACACUUCAGCUGCUUCUAAGCUUCUGCGGACCGUGUACGAAGGGACGUUCCCUAAAGACAAAAAGGCCGUCGCUGCUAGCGCCAUCUCCUACCUCUUUUCGAACUACCGAGACCCCGACAGUCCCCAAGAGCCCUUGUCGUCUCGUCAUUUCCAUGCGUCGAUCUGCAGAAUGUUCGCUCCAUACUGGGGUGCAGAGCAGCGCCCAGAGUGA